AUUCGAAAGGCGGCAGUCGCCGUCCGCGCGCCGCCGAGGUCGCCUCGUCGUCGGCUAUUUAACCAUCGUCGCCGUACGCAAUCGUCGCGAGUGUGCGAGAGUACCGAGAGAUAAGGGAGAAUCGUGCUGCUUGUUGGCAGGAGUUUUUUUCUCUCUCUCUCUCUCUCUCUCUCUCUCUCUCUCUCUUUUCAUCGACAUUGAGAGCACAUGGAGGAUGUGAAGAAGAUUUCGUUGAGAUAUGCUAGAAGCAUCAACAUCGGGGCGGCAGCGGCAUGAGAGUUCAUCGUGACGUAGGAGUAGUGCCUGCUGUUCCGAAAUCCCAACCCGAGAGGCAAUCGAGGCUGUCCAGGAGGAAAUCGUCCGGAGGAUAAACUCGACGAUACUCCAGUUUCGAGUUUUCCAAGGCGCACCCGCAAGCCGGCCGAAGCCACAGCAGCAUAUAAUGUAGCCGAGCUGCAGCGGAACGGACGUAACGAACCGGCAGUGCGGCGAUCACUACCUCUCCUUCGCGACAUGUGAUCUCUGGCAGAACAAGGCGCACGCACGCGCGCGCAGGAUGUUUAUAUACGCAGAGGCAACUACGACACGUGCGCGAGUGCGCGUAACAGUGUCAUCGCUCGGAAUAGUCGUCCUUGAGGAUUCGCGGAGCCAGUGUCUCCUGACGUGCGACGAGAUGAGAAAUGACGAAGUGUUCGGAGAGUGCAUUCCGGCGAAGGGCUGAGCUUAAUCCGAGUGCGAGAUAAGAAAGUGCGUCGUGUCCGUAGUGAGAUAUAACGUAUACCAAAAUAGAGAGGAGCGAAGCCUCGAAGAAGAAGAAGCACACGAUAGAGAAGAUGACGAGAAGAACGACGUGGCUGAUGCUCGGCGUUGCGGUCCUCGGCUUGCUCUGCGUAGGGCUACCGGACGCACUGGCCAACGCCGGAAACUCGGCCGCCUCGGCGAGCCUGAACGACGGCAACGGCAACGGCAGGUGCAACUUCCCGCCGUGUACCUGCGACCAGUACGUCCGGCUGACCUGUGACUGCAAGGACAGCCCAGAGGUGCUGCUGCUGACGUCGGAGGGCGAGCGGGGCCUGGGCCGGCAGACGAGUCGGAUCCUCGUGCAGGACUGCCCCUCGGUGAGCCUGGCCAACCUCAGUCUGGCCGACAUGCAGGAGCUGGAGAUGGUGGAGUUCGUAAACGUGGCCAACCUGACGCUGGUGCCGCACAGCCUGAAGCUCGCCCAGAAGACGCUGAGCACGCGCAUCAGCCUGCGCAACGUCAGCCUCGAGCUACUGCCGAGCAACGUCUUCCACGGCGACAUCGAGGCCAUCGCCUUCGAGAACGUGCGCAUCGGGCAGGUCGCGGCGUUCGCGUUCGCCAAUCUCGUCGGCACCAACAGCAUCACCCUCGACCACUGCCGCGUGGGGGCGAUGCAGGCGCUCGCCUUCAAGAAGUUCGACGUCCGCUUUCUGCACAUAAUCGGCGGCAGCCUCGGCGGCGAGCUCACCAGCCGCGUGAUGAACGACAUCGAGGUCUACGACAAGUUCCUGCUGGACGGCGUGCGUCUGGGCGCGGUGCGCAGCUCGGCCUUCAUCAUCCGGCGGACCAAGACCGUGGCCAUCCAGAACUGCCUGAUCGACAGCCUCGAGAGCGAGGCCUUCGACAUCGGCGUGCGCUACACCGUGCUCAUCAAGAACAACAGCCUGGGCAGCGUCGCCUUCGGCGCCUUCCUCUCGAUCCGCGCGGACGCGGAGAGCCGGCCGGCCCAGCCGGGCCUGCUCAGCCUCACCUUCGAGAACAACAGCCUGACGAGCUUCGAGGAGGGCUCGCUCAUCUUCGACCGCACGAGCUUCCGCGCCGAGCUGAGCAACGUGCUGGUGAACCAGCUCUGCGAGUGCGCCCAGCUGGCCCUGUGGAAGAGCCAGAUCCUCAACUACACGAGCGCGCACUCGCGGCUGACGACGGCGCGCGACAGCACGAACCUCGUGGCGGCGCCGUUCCCGCUGGAGUCGAGCGCCGAGGACCCGGCGACGUUCCUCUGCCUCCUCGAGCGCGACUCCCGGACGAGCGCGAGCUUCGCCGACUUCGAGAUGCGGCACUGCGCGCUCAGCAGCUCGAUGCUGCUGCUCAUCCUGGCGCUCUCGGGCCUCGUCACCGCGGCCGUCGUGGCCGUCUGCCUGGCGGUCUACUGCUGCCGCCGGCGACGCAGGGACUCGCAGAAGCGCUGGAUCAGCGUGCCCACCUCGGCGCCCGACCUCGUCAACUCCAAGACGACGAAGAACGGCCUGAUCAACCGGGACAACGGCUCCUCCGGCGGGGCGCCGGUCGACAGCAGGAUAACCAUGGUCGUGCCGGACGGCCGGCUCUACCGCGAGACCGAGUUCCACGUGAUCGUGGAGAAGGCCGAGCCGCUGACGACCGAGUUGUAGCGAGAGCCUCCGCGGGCCUCCGGCUCGAGGGAGAAGGCGCGCCAUCGGAGCCCGAGGAGCGGCAGGCCGGCCCGGCAGGAGCUGCUGAUGCUCGAGCAGCGGCAGCCCGCGCCGGCGGCGGCGAUGGACGUCGACGCCCCGCGGGUCUACCGACUGUGACGAGCCCGGAGGGGAGCCGCGAGUCCGCGGGACGAGCAGUGCUACCGGCUCUACGAGUUUCGCUGAUAGCGGCGCGGACGCUUUUUCAGUGGCGAGCGAUGACCAAAGCUGCGAUUUUCCAUUAUGUAUCAUUCUAUAUACGACCUAUAUAGGCAGGCUACAUAACAAGAGUAUGUGAUAGUUCGAGGGCGCGCGGCCUUGAGAAGGGUAUUUUUGUCGUGUGUACCAAGCGUAUUGUACGGUGUGGAUGAGGAUUUUUUAAGACGAGAGUGUGCGUGUGUGUGUGUGUGUGUGUGUGUGUGUCGUUACUUAUAAUGAUGAUGUGUAGGCAUAACGAAAAGCGACUGUGUAUGAUAUAAUAUAUAUGUACCACGAUUCCAAGCUGAUGAGCGCUGUGUAUAUUUUUUCGAAUGUGUGCAGCAGCGACGAAUACUGCGACUUCUUUGUUUCAAUGGGCAAUGAUCAAAUAAAGAGAGCUUUCCGUUCUUUUCACCCCCAUCCCUAUGUGACCUCUCGACGAGUCUAGCGGAGGUGGGAAAUCCAAGAGGACGAGCGUAUCCGUCUCUCGAGAUGUGAAAAAGAGCUAUAGAGCUCUGAGAAAAAGACGUAUCGUUUUCGUUUUGAAAUAACAAAAACCCUCGUUGUUAUGAUUUUUACCCGUGUGCAAGAGACUUAUUUAUCCGAAGGCGUAUCGUUUUGUAUCCAAGCACGUAAUUAUUUUGCGCUUAUGAAAUUUUAUCUCUCGAACGUAUCGUUUUUGUUUUUAUAAAAAUAAUAAAGACAGUUAUUGUUUCGUUAUCUUUAAA